CUGCUGCACGCAGCCAUGGGUGGCGUCGGGGAGGCUGAUGGGGGGCCAGGGCCGCAUGAGGGGCCCGCGCAGCUGGGGGCGCCGCUGCCCACCCUCCGCUGGGAGCAGAUCCGUUCGCACAACCUGCCCGGCGACAAGUGGCUGGUCAUCGAGCGUCGCGUCUACGACAUCAGCCGCUGGGCGCAGCGGCACCCGGGGGGCAGCCGCCUCAUCGGCCACUACGGCGCCAAGGAUGCCACCGAUGUCUUCCACGCCUUCCACCAGGACCUCAAUUUUGUACGCAAGUUCCUGCAGCCCCUGCUGAUUGGAGAGCUGGCCCCAGAGGAGCCCAGCAGUGAUGGACCCAAGAAUACCGAGCUCAUCGAGGACUUCCGAGCCCUGCGCCAGGCGGCCAAGGACAUGAAGCUGUUUGAGACCAAGCCAGCCUACUUCGGUUUCAUGAUAGGCUUCAUCCUGGCCGUGGAGCUGCUCUCCUGGCUCACUGUCUGCCUCUUGAGCCCUGGCUGGCUGUCCAGCAUCCUCACCACCUUCUUCCUGGCAUCCUCCCAGAUGCAGUGCUGGUGUCUGCAGCAUGACCUGGGCCACACCUCGGUCUUCAGGAAGUCCCGGUGGGACCACUUGACCCAGCAGUUUGUGAUGGGGCAUCUGAAGGGCUUCUCUACCCAGUGGUGGAACUUCCGCCAUAACCAGCACCACGCCAAGACCAACGUCCUCCACAAAGACCCAGAUGUGACCCUGGCUCCCAUCUUCGUCCUAGGGGAGUUGUCCACCGAGUACGGCAAGAAGAAGCACAAAUUCCUCCCCUAUAACUACCAGCACCUGUACUUCUUCCUGGUCGGCCCCAUUUUCAUCACCCUGGUGAACUUUAAGGUGGAAAGUCUGGUGUACAUACUGACAUACCGGCACUGGGCGGACUUGCUCUGGGCCACCAGCUUCUACUUCCGCCUCUUUUUGUCCUACAUCCCCUUCUAUGGCGUUUCUGGGGCUGUGAUCCUCUAUGUGGUUGUCAGGGUCCUGGAGAGCCAGUGGUUCGUGUGGGUCACGCAGGUAAACCACAUCCCCAGGGAGAUUGGCCGUGACAAGCACCGAGACUGGAUCACCUUGCAGCUGCUAGCCACCUGCAACGUGGAGUCCUCGCUCUUCCUCGACUGGUUCACCGGGCACCUCAACUUCCAGAUCGAGCACCACCUCUUCCCCACGAUGCCGAGAUACAACUACCACAAGGUGGCCCCACUGGUCAAGGCGCUAUGCGCCAAGCAUGGCCUCAGGUACGAGGUGAAGUCCGUUCCCACCGCCCUAGUAGACAUCAUUAGGACCCUGAAGAAGUCAGGCAACGUCUGGUUGGAAGCCUACCUCCACCAGUGAAGGCAGCACCGAGGGCCCCACAGCCACCACGCCGGCCCAGGCAGGCUCAACAUCACCCCCACCCUCCUGCCUGGGGGGGGCCCUGCCACCGUCCCGUCCUCGUUUCUGCUGUCUUCCCCUCGGCCCCCUGGCCUGUCUGCUUGGCAGCCCUAAGGCCGUGGCUCUCGGCCCAACAGGACCAGGGGGCGGGGGAAUAGUACAUAAAGCCACAUGGUGAGCAUGGCAGGUUUUCCUAGAGCAAAAUUUAGGGAAAACGGUUAUUUUUAUAUGAAACAAACCCAGAUAUAUUAUGAAGUAGAGUACUGAAUUUGCAGGAAUUUUGGAGCCGGAGUCUGCCCCAGACUCCCGGAGAGGAGUUCAGGCCCGUGGGCCCUCAGGGUGUUGGGGAGUAGGGUAAGAUGGUGGCUUUUGGGGUCCCCUCUGCUCUGGGUUGGGGAGCUGGCAGCUGGCCCGGGCUCGGAUCUGCCUGAGGGCCUGGCCACUUCCUGUUCUUCACCCACUCAUGCAACCCUGGGCAGGUCACACUGGGCUCACAUCACUUUACUCCUCUGCACCGUGGGACAGGGGCUGGUCCAGCAGGUGAGGGCCCAGGGCAGAAGGCCAUGUCUGCAGCCACCCCCAGAGCACAGGAGAGGGCAGCCCGUAUGUCCCAGCCAUGCACUGGCCUCCUCCUGCAGCCUGGGUGAUGAGGGGCCUCAGAGGCCCACGGGCAGUGGACCACCUGUCCAUCUCAGUACUGUACUUGGCAUCUCACUGGUAGGGCUGCAGCCUGACUGUGCUCAGUGUCCCACAGGAGGUGACACCGCAUCUCCCCGGUGCCCACCUGGGGCCAGGUGCUUGCCUGCGGUUGCUUCAGGGAAUAAGCUGGACCCCUGAGAUGUGCCCCUUUCUGUCCCUGGAGUCGAGCGGCGUCCGGGGGCUCGCUGCGGCUGGCUGGUGUCCUUGGGCAGGUCGCUGUCCUUCACCCGACCUCGGGCUUCUCAUCUGGAAUUGGGUGUGGGUAGCGUGGGCUUGUGGUUUUCAGACAGUUCUGGGGAGAGGUUGGAGUUGCCUCUUGGGGUUUCUGGAAGGUGGGAAGAAGGGAGAGCUGGGCGGCUGGCCCCCUCCACUCCCAGCGACCACGUACUUCAGCAGCUCCAGGCUCAGCUGGAGGUUUCAGCUGAAGAAGUGUCAGCAGCUUAAAAAAAAACUUGAAAUACAGAGCUAGGGUUUCUCUGAGGCCCUUUCUGGAGAGGAAGCUGGAGUCUCCCCACCGGCUGCAGGAUUGCCCCCCACCCUUUGUCAGGGCUCCUGUUGUCCUGGACUGGGUUCCCUUCAGGCGGUGGACGGGCCACAGAGCCUGCUGCAAUUCUGGUUCCCUCCUUCCCCGGAGCCCCAGCCCCACCCCGAUCCACUCCACAGGGCUUCGAUCCCCUCUUCUCUGGAGUCAGGCAGGCCUGGGGGGCUGGUCCUGCCUCUGCCAGGACUCAAGGCUGUGUGACCUUGGGGAAGUUAUUCAGUCUCUCUGGUAGUGUGACCUCCUAGGGUGAUGGAAGAUGGAAGGGAUGCUAUGUGGAAGGCUCUUUGCAUAGGGCCCAGCAACAGGGCUCCGAAAUGGAAGAUAAACACACACACAGAUAAGGUGAACAGAUUAGUGGUUACUAGAGGAGAAGGGGGUGGGGGGAGGACAAAAUGGGUAAAGGGGCGCAUAUGCAUGGUGACGGAUAAAAACUAAACUAUUGGUGGUGGAAACGAUGCAGUCUAUACAGAAACUGAAGUAUAAUGUACACUUGAAAUGUACACAGUGUUAAAAGCCAGUGAAAUCUCAAUUAAAAUAAAAUAAAAUAGCCAA